CCCAGGAAUCAUUAACAAGCCCCUGGAUCACUCUUAACCCAGCGCAGGUGGGGCCUGGCUCCCCUCCCUGCCCCGUGGAGACUGAGAGCUGCUGGGACCCAGGCCUGGCAGGAUGGGGAGGGGCUGCCCCCUUCUCCUCCUCGGGCUCCUGCUGCAGCUCCAGGCUCCCUGUGCCGGGCAGGCCGGGGGGGCAGGGUCCAGCACACACCCCUGGUCAGCAGCAUCCGGCCCCACACCUCAGACCUGGGCUAAACGCACUGAGAUGCCCGCAGGGACUGGCACCCCCACUGCGGGGGCCACAGCACCAGAUGAGCCCAGCUGUGGCAGUGGGCAGCCCUGCCCCCCUUGGAGCACCUGCGUGUCCUGGGCUGGGCACUUCUCCUGCCGCUGCGCCCUGGGCUUCUCUCUGAGCCGGACCAUGGGCUGUGUGCCAGCCAGGACGUUCCCAGGGCGCCUCUCCCUGCGGGCCCCUGGCCCGGCACCCCCGAGCCCGCUGCCACCUGCCAACCUGCGCAGGAUCGUCGCCCAGCUGGAGAGUCUGUUCCAGCCUAUCCUGGGGCAAUUGGACGCUUAUCUGUCCUCGUCCGUCCUGGACCUGCAGCCGCACAGCCAGGCAGUGACCGUCCUGCACAGCUUCUCGGCGCUCUCGUCCGUCACGGCCCGGCAGGUGGACGGGGCCAUCGCGGGGUUCUGGGCGCGGUGCCAGGCCAGCGACCCGGCCUGCAGCUUCCUGCGGGACACCGUCUCCUACCAGAGCCUGAGUCUCUGUGAGCUGCAGCCCUGCGACCCCGUCUCCACAGCCUGCGUGUUCCAGGACGGGCUGGCCCAGUGCCCCUGCCGGCCGGGAUACCACCCCGCCCCCGUCCCCACCAUGGGCCGUGCCUGCGCAGCCUGUGGCAGCGGGUUCUGGCUGCGGGAUGGCGUCUGUGCCAGGUGCCCGUUUGGCUUUGGUGGCUUCCAGUGUGAGGAGCCCUUCCUGCUGGCGCUGGUUGGGGUGUCCUGCGCUGGGGGCGUCCUGCUGCUGCUGAUGGUGCUGCUGCUCCUGGGGAGAGCCAAGGCCCUGGCGCAGGGCCCCAGCCUGGCAGAGCCGGUCGUGCCGCCCUUCCAGCCCCAGCAGCUGAGCCUGCCCCGGGUGCGCCCCCCGCGGCCCCUGGAGGAGGUGGAGAUCCUGGAGCUCGGCCGUGGGGACAGGCUGAGCCUGGGUGCUGGGCGGGUGCUGGCCGCCGGGCCCCGCAUGAAGACGUUCCGGGGCUCCCAGAGCUCGCCCAGCUCGGCCCCCCGGCCAGGGGGUGGCCAGAGCAACCUGGUGUUUGUCAGCGACGAGGAAUGGGGCCGGCGGAACUGCUGAGGGGCGGGCGGGGCACUGCCCCAUACCUAGCCCCGUGCCCAGCCCAGGAGGAGACGGUGCCAUUCGAACACAGAUCCUCAGCCCUACCCUGAGCUGGGAGGGGCUGCCACACGGGUGUGCUGAUUGGCUGGCACAGUGUGAUGUAUUGUGGGGGUGUCACAGCCUGUGGUGGGGGUAGGCCCCAUAGCAGCUGCCCCACAAGGCAUCCCAGCCCCUUGGCCACGAGGGCUGGAGCUUGGGGGGAUGGGCCCAUAGACUGGCCCCCCCCACCGUGGGGCAUGCUGGUGGGGGAGGGCUGGGCCCGUGGGCUGGGCCCCUCCACUGUGCUGGGGCAGGUGGGGGGUCCUGAAUUUUUUUUUUUAUAAUUUCUUAAUAAAAGAAGUGGAAGCUGCGCUGUGGGAGCUGUGCCCUGGUAGGGGCCCUGCACUGAGUGAGGGGCGGGGCGCUGGCCUGGCCCCCUAACACGGGCUGGGGGCAGGGCGCUGGCUGUCAGGCUGCCUGGCGCCUUUGGUGGCAGCGGAGGGAUUGCUGAGCCGGGCUGUUCCCCAGCCAGGUACCCCCUGGGACUGGCAGCUGGGGCUGAGCAGAGGCCACUGAGUGCUGGUGCCCAGCUCUGGGCCUGGCCGGGCCCUGGGGCUACCGCGUCCCUGGGUGGUCGUCCCUGAGCUGGGGCCAGGGCUCCUUG